AUGACAACUUUUCUGAACGAACCGAACAUUCCUCGGCUUCCUGUGCCGCUGAUCGAGAGCACCACCACCCAGCUCCUUUCUGCACUCAAACCAUUGGUUUCAACCGAAGAAUAUGACGAAAUUGUAGCCGAAGCUCAUCUGUUCAAGCAACACAAAAUCAUCAAUCUUAUCCAAAAACACUUGGAAGCAGUUGCUGCCAAUCCCAAUUUUACAUGCUAUUUAAACUCCAUCAACGAUGAGACGAACCCAGGAAUCUACGGCGAGCUUCGAGGAGACAUUUUGCCUCGAAAUCCAUAUUUGAUUUUGGAACAAGAUCCAUAUUCAAAGACAUUGAACCCACCCACCCAGGCACAACGAGCAGCAAACUUGAUCAAUUCGUCGCUUAAAUUUGUUGUUUCGCUCAGAAACGAAACACUAAAGCCGGAUGUUACGCCCAAAAACGGUAAUCCAUUGACUAUGAAUUGCUACCGUAACCUCUUUGGAACUACAAGAGCACCAGAUAUUCAUGAUAAUCCCCACCAUAUUAUCCUCAAAAAGUACAAAAAUAUCAACGACUCUCGUCACAUCCUUGUGAUUUGCAACAACCAAUACUACAAGUUGGAGGUAUUGACCGAAUAUACUGAAGAAGCGUAUGAAAAAACAAAGACAAAGCACCGGAUUUGGUUCGGCGACCACGACCUUUCGCUCAUUCUUCAGGAUAUCAUUGACGAGUCUAGUGAGUUCAGCACGUUGGACUCCGUGAACAAUUCCAUCGGCUCGCUAACCACCCAGACUUAUCAUGUGUGGAAACAGGGCCGGUUGGAGCUUGAAAAAUCCAAUGCAAAGUUUUUGGAAACCAUAGACAACGCCUUGUUUGUGGUAGUUUUGGACGUGCUCAACUCUCCAGAGUCCGACCAGGAUAAAACCAAGGUCAUUUCCUACGGAACCUCAGAGCUUCAGCCAGGAACAAGUAUUCAAUGUGGUUCAUGUACUUCGCGGUGGUACGACAAACUACAGUUAAUUGUCACGAAAAAUUCCGUGGCUGGAGUUGUAUGGGAGUCCACCUCUAUGGAUAGCACUGCCAUUCUCCGGUUCAUCAGUGAUAUCUAUACCGAUUCGAUUUUGAAGUUGGCCAGAAAUAUUAACGGUUCUGAGUACACUUUGUUUGACGAGCAUGUGGAAUUUGUUUCGCCAAGAGAAGACGCCGAGAAACCUGUUUCUGUUCGUUUGAUCUUGAACCGCACUCCAGAACUACAAAAUCUCAUCCAUCUUUCCGAAACUCGGUUGGCAGACCUCAUCAACCAGCACGACUACAUCACCAUGGACCUCAAGUUGGACACCCAUUACAUCUCCAAAAGCGGGUAUUCCGUUGACUCGUUUCUCCAGGUGGGCUUACAGAUUGCAAACUACACCCUCUACGGCAGAAUAGCCAACACUUUGGAGCCCAUCACCACGAGAAAGUUCCGAGAUGCUCGCACAGAAUUGAUUCCCGUUCAAGACGAAGAAAUCUCUCGGCUCGUAAAGCUUUUCAUUUCCAAUUCUACACCUCUGGAAAAGCUUCGUGCCUUCCGUAGAGCGGUGUCAAGCCAUAACGAAAGGUACCGCAAUGCCAUGAUAGGCAAAGGAUUCGAAAGGCACUUGUGGGCUUUGGUUCAUGUGAUUAAAAGACCCAGAGCAGUUGACUAUCUCAAUGAAGUCAACAAGGACGUAGCAGGUCUCGAGCCCAUUCCUGAACUUGCAAUGAUUCCACAUCUCCAUAUACCAUUUCUUUCGAAUCCCAGCAUUGAAAAAAUUUCCUCUCCAGAACUUUUGGUUUCGAACUGUGGAAAUGCCGCUUUGCGGUUCUUUGGCAUUCCUCCAGCUCACGAUCAGGGUUUUGGAAUAGGAUACAUUAUACAUCGUGACAAGGUUUGCAUUACUGCUAGCUCAAAACACCGCCAGACAAACCGUCUUUUGGAUACAUUUAAGCUGGUGGUCAACGAAAUUAAGCGCUCUAUAAGACAAGAUUCCAACUUUUUGCUACAAGUCGCCGACUCAGAGCCUCGUAAGAGUGAGCUUCAAAAGUUGAGAGUUCAAAAAGAACUUCUGGAAGUUGCAAAUUCUCCACUGAAAAGGCACCCAGUCACAUUGACGCUCGCUCAGACUCCGGGUCUGUCAACUCCAAAAAUGCUGGACUAUUUCUCCUCAGAUGAUGUUCCGCAAUUGGCUUCUUCAGACUCCGAAGGACGUAGUUCCCGCUCAGAUUCUUUGGAUGGACCUGAUUUCGAUGUUCUUGGAGGUUACGGCUACUUUGAUUUUGGACAGAUUGAUCUACGUUCCAAUGAAAUUACGAGAGACGAAUCGCAUCUCAACAGUAGCUCAAAUCUUACUUCAAGGCACCAUUCAGGCACAAAUCUCGCAGCAUUGGCGGGUCAUACCAGCAAGGAUCUUGAGCAUAAGUUGUCACUUUCCGAGAGAAUUAGAGAUAAGUUAUUGAGCGACGACGAGGAUGCUCCACAGAGAGAACGUCGGCCAAAAAAGGAGAUCGGAAGGGGAAUCAGCGUUAGCAAGUAG